AUGAGAAGAUUCCUCGUGUUUUCCACCUGUCAACCAUUUUUUCACCUGUCCCUUUUGCCCAUGCAUGAGAAGUGCUCCGUGCACGGGUGCCGGAAUAAUAUGAAAAUAUGUCUCCCGAGUGAAAAACAUAGAAAAACAACGAGGAGCUCUUCGUCAUUGGUUCUGGUGUGUUCUCAUUCAGGUGGAGCAAUGGAUGCUAACAUCACACUGUGGCAGUUCCUAUUGGAACUGCUGUUGAGCAAGGAGCACGAAGACAUCAUUGCAUGGACGAACCAGGAAGGGGAGUUCAAGCUGAUCAAUGCCGAGGAAGUGGCUCGACUUUGGGGUCUCAAAAAGAACAAGUCCAAUAUGAACUACGACAAACUCAGCCGAGCCCUCCGGUACUACUAUGACAAGAACAUCAUCAAGAAGGUCAUGGGCCAGAAGUUUGUUUACAGGUUUGUGUCAUUCCCGGACGGUGUGAAGCAAGAACUGCCCCUCACGUACAUGAAGAGUCACAUCAUGGGGAAUCACCGGGAUCCAGCCAUACAUGAGGCAUCGCUUCCUCCUAGUCCUCGGUCUCCACCUUAUGCUCACCCUCAGACAUUUGAAGGGCCUCAACCAGAGAAGAGCCCCUUGUGGUACAUCCCCCCUUUGAUACCAAUACCCGACGGAUCGACUCACAUCUCAGGUCAAGGUUUAUCCAAGUUCACUCGCCCUCCUCCCCCAUAUCGGGAGCCAUUUCGAGUGGGUCAGCCUCCAAUGGCUCAUGCAGAUUCGUCACCCCGGAUGCGCAUCCAACCCCGUGUGUUCACCUUUGACUUUGUGGACAAGGUAGUCCUACCAGGAUCGCAGAAUCAGGAUACUCCAACGGACCUGAGCCUACAUCUGAAACGCCCUGCUGAGGAAUUUCCACUUCCAUCACCCAGUGCCAAAUCCAACAAGAACAGUCCCGUGGACUUCAGCAUUGCUGCCAUCAUGUCCCCGUCCCCAUCGUCCAAGUCGGAGUCAUCCAAUCCAGAAAGUGGAACAUUUGUCCUUCCAGAUGUCCCAGCAUCUAAGCGGGCUAGGCUUGAAGAAGCAUGCAAGGACAAGGACAGGAUGCCAAGGUCAGACAUCCUUGAACCAGAAGUGAUAGUGAAAACAGAGCCCAUAGUGAAAACUGAGCCUGCUUCAGAUGAUGAGAACAGCAACCCAGGUUUUACUCAAGAGACAAAGAAAGGAAGUGAAGACACAGCUAAAAGCAAGGGGAGAGAUGCCAGUGGUGUUCUCUUGGAUUUCCAUCCACGGAACUCCAGCAGGGACGGUGAAAGAUCCUCAAAUAAACCGAAGCCUAGUCCGUUGUCUAUAGACUCGAUCAUGACCCCAUCCACCAUCAAUACUCCGUUGCCGAGCCCACGACAAUACUCUGGUGGGUUCUCCACACUCCCAAGCCCAUUCCCAACUUCUCCGUUCAUCCCUGUGUCUUCGAGUCUCAAGAGUCCCUUCAUGCCUCCUAGUCUUAGCUUUUGGAGUUCCUUGUCACCAUUGACUGCUAUUAGCCCCCGUUUCCCUGGCAAUGGACCAGGACCCACAUUCUUUCAGUUCCCAUUUGUAUCACCAUCCAAAGGAGGGAGCCAAAAUGUGGAGAACGCACCACGAUCUCCCAAUAAGAGUGCGUCUCACUGAUGGAUGGUCCACCUGUGAUGGUUUUUUGCUUGUUCUUCACGCAGAACGAACUUUGUCUCCAAGUGCCUUGAUCUGUGUGUGAUAUAACCUGCUUUCCUCACCAUUGCUCAAUCAGAAGUGUAGGAGCUGACGUGGACUGAUUCGGGUCAAUACAAAACUCACGAUAUUCAACAUUAACAAACUUCUGGAUAGGUAUUUGCAUCAUGCUCUAUUCAUAUUAGAUGCAGAAGCACUCUUGAUUAAUUUUCUGGAAAGUAAGGCAUUAUAUUGUCUCAGUGCAAUUUUCUUAAUUUGUAAACUACUCCAGUCUCUAUUUUCCUGUACAUUAUUGAGUUCACAUUUGUGCCAAUGUCUGGAACUUGGCAUUCUACUGGAUCUCAGCAUAAAUUUUCUUUUUUUUAUGAACUUUAAAUUCAAUAACGAUACAAUGAUUGAUUUGAUGUAUCCCAUUCUGUGAUGUACCGUGCCUCGGCUCCCAUUGCCUUAUGCAGAGAACCUUCACAAUGAUUGCACAUGUGGAGUAGUUAAGAGGGGAGGGAAAAAGAAAGCCUGUCCUUGGUGCCAUUGGGAUCUGGUAUCUCCUGGGUAUGGUGAUACAGUUUCUUCAUGGGAAUCGGCACAGUGCCAUUCACACAGUACAAAGUCCUGUUUCCAAGAGGGAGAGAGGAAACUUUGGUCUUAGUUAUUCUGUAUUCUUUCUUUUCAUUUUUUCUAUGUACUUUCCAACUUCUUUGCUGUUGAAGAAUUCUUCACCAUAUUAACUUACAUUUCAGGGAUUCAGAAUGUCUACAUCUCAAGGAGAGGCAUGUCGCAAUGGGUUUUUCAGGGAACACUGGAAUCCAGUGCCUAUAUCCAAAUGGGGAACUUGGUAUUAAAAAAAUAUUUCAUGAUUGAAAUUUUGUAGCAUUAAGAGGUAACGCUGUGGUAUUGGCUCAGCGAAAAUUCUUUGUUCAAAAUUUGACAUUUGCGUUUUGCCAAGUCAUUAUGCCAAAUUCAUCUUAUUUUGGCUUGCCUUCUCUGGGCAUUAGUACGAAACUCUUGUGAUUUCACCCUGAUCCCAUUAUCAUAGCAUGUCUCAACGAAAUGAAUUUUGCUGUGCAAGUUUGUCUCUCUUCCUCUCAUGGUUUUCUUUUGAUGUUGAAAUGUGAUAGAUGGGCUAAAGAAGGGGGGAAAAAAAAUUUGGUUUCUUGUUGUGUUUUCUGCUCCCGGGAUGGUUGCCAACAUUUUGGUGUAUAUAUGAAAUGAAGGAAAGGAAGAUGGUGAAUCAGUUGAUAGCCCGGAUGAUCAAUUGAUAGUGCUGGAG